AACAAAAAUAAACAAUCUGAAGCACAAUUUGAAGAAUUAAGAGGAAAAAAAAAUUAUAACGUUAAUAAACACAGAUUUUCAAUUCUCUCGAAUUAAUAAUAGAGAUCUAAUGGCUUCCCGUAGACGCAUGCUCCUUAAGGUCAUAAUUCUCGGUGACAGCGGGGUAGGGAAGACAUCAUUGAUGAAUCAGUAUGUGAAUCGUAAGUUUAGUAACCAGUAUAAAGCGACAAUAGGAGCUGAUUUUUUGACAAAAGAAGUUCAAUUUGAGGAUAAGUUAUUUACAUUGCAGAUAUGGGAUACUGCCGGGCAGGAAAGGUUUCAAAGCCUUGGAGUGGCUUUCUACCGUGGUGCGGACUGCUGUGUUCUUGUGUAUGAUGUGAAUGUCAUGAAGUCAUUUGAUAAUCUUAAUAACUGGAGAGAAGAGUUUCUGAUUCAGGCUAGUCCCUCUGACCCUGAGAACUUCCCAUUUGUGGUGUUGGGGAACAAAAUAGAUGUUGAUGGUGGCAAUAGUCGGGUGGUUUCAGAGAAGAAGGCAAAGGCAUGGUGUGCUUCUAAGGGAAACAUACCUUACUUUGAGACUUCUGCAAAAGAAGGAUUUAACGUGGAUGCUGCUUUCCAGUGCAUAGCCAAAAAUGCACUCAAGAAUGAACCUGAAGAAGAAAUAUACCUUCCCGACACAAUCGAUGUCGGGGGUGGAGGGAGGCAGCAAAGAUCUACAGGGUGUGAAUGUUAGAAGGAAGAUUUUUGAACUGGAAAUGCAACUGUCAUUCAUAUAUGUCAAAUUUCAAUUGAAUAUGCAGUGAUUAUAAGUGGGGAGCAAUAAUUGGGCAAGGGAAAAUGAAAAUUCUUUUACAUGUAUAAUAUGUAGCUGUGGAAACACAGUUCCAUUUUCAUUUUGAUGUCUACUUUUCUGAAAGUUUUAUGUUUGUACUUAAUAUUGUAAUAUGCGACUCAUCUAGAUAUGUUCUUUGAUUUUAAUGUUUAAUUUUAAGGUAGACAUGUAAUUGAGAAAAAGAGACGAACCUUUUGCUGA